GUUACAGAUGCGCCAUCGCAUGAAGGUCACCUCUCGGAGCAGGCACCCGAGUCACCCAAGGCAGAAAAUGACAGCGUUUUUCUCAUCAGGGCACAAGGGUUCCCCUUCUCCUGCACCGAGGAAGACGUGCUUACCUUUUUUGAUAGCUGUAGAGUUCGAAACGGUGAGAACGGCGUGCACUUCCUCUUAAACAGGGAUGGGAGGCGCACGGGGGACGCCCUGGUGGAGCUGGAGUCGAAAGCAGACGUGCAGAGAGCCUUGGAAAAGCACCUGAGGUACAUGGGCCCGCGCUACGUGAAAGUGUUUGAGGUGCACGACAGCGACGUGGAGGGCUUGCUGCGGAACCUGCGGGACGAGUCGCACGCCAUAAGCGAUGGAGUGGUGCUGCUCCGAGGCCUGCCCUUCAGCGCCACCGAGGAGGACAUCAUGGACUUCUUCUCGGGUUUGAGAAUAACUGACAUAGCUUUCAUCUACCGGGGAGACCGAAGGACGGGAGAAGCUUUCGUGCAGUUCGCAGCCCCCGAAAUGGCAGCCAAGGCCCUGCUGCGCCACAGGGACUACAUGGGCAGCAGGUACGUAGAGGUGUACGUCAGCAGAAAGCACCAGAUGCAAAGGCACGUGCCCUACCACAGACACGUGGCGGUGGGGACCUACCCCAGGGCGAGACGAGAGCAGGAGCCCAUUGCGGAGGACAGGGAAUCGAGCAGCGCGGGAGGCGUCGAUGCUGAGAGAGAAAGCAGUGAGUCCCUCCCCGUCGUCUUUGUUCUUGGGGGCUGCUUCGUUUUCCCCUCAUGGGCUGCUGUGGGCAUGACCCUGUGUGCCUGUGGCUUCAUUGGUGCAGGGCAGGAGCAGAAAGCUCCGGACGCGUUGGACUCUGGGAGCAGCUCAUCGCCUCUGCACUUUGUCCACAUGAGGGGUUUUCCUACCCAAGCUACUGCCCAGGACAUAGUAAAUUUUUUUGCCCCGCUGAAGCCCACAAGGAUCAUGGUAGCGUACAACUCCCACGGAGAAGCCACAGGAGAAGCGGACGUGCAUUUUGAGAGCCACGAGGAUGCAGUCGCUGCAAUGGCAAAGGAGGGGUCACAGCUGCAGUGCAGCGCCGUCGAGUUGUUCCUGAAUGAACACCCACAGGCCGAAGCGAACACAUUCCGCGGGUACGAGCGUCAAGAUCGAGCACGAGUGCCGCUGCUCAGUAACAUUUAG